CCGGGCAAGGGGGCGGCCUCGGGGUCCGCGCUCUCACCCCCACCCCGCCCACUUUGUCCAUCAGGUCCAGGGGCGCCCGUGGCAUGGACUAGCCCUCUCGCCACCCGCGCGGGCCCCACCGAGGGCUCCCGAGAGCCAGCCGCGCCCCUCCGCGCCCUCGCAUACCUGGCUGCCCAGUCUCCUCUCCCCCAGUCCGGCCCGGCGCCCACCCGUCGGGCUGCCCUCAGGGGCUGGGAUCCGGCCAGGAGGUGGCUGCGCCGGCGGCCAAGCCCGGUCCGGGUAUAAAUAGCUCGGUCCGCGGCGGCGGGGGGCGCCGGCUAUAUUUGGUGGGGCUGCUCUAGCCCUCUCUGUAUGGGUGGCCUCCCCGAGGGAGUGGGGAGCACGUGCGCUCGGGCCGUGGCGCUUUCUCCUGUUUGCACCACCCUGAACACUCCCCCGACCCAUACCCGCCCUUGGGCAAUGACUAACAGCCCGGGACCGUGCAGGGAAGUGGGGGACCCGCUCCAGAGCCAGGCUGGGCUCCCUGGGUUCGCCCUACCUCCACCCCUGGCCCCCAGCCCCAGCUCGUGGGAAAACCAGGCGCAGCCUUUGGUAGCCUCCCACUUCCUAACCCACGCCUCAGUUUCCCUAUACGAAAAGUGGGUUGGUCAGGAGCCUCCCUGGGUGUUGGGCCAGUCAAGAGACAGGGGCCGCAGAGUGGAAGGGAAGCCCUUAGCUCCGGCCGGGGCCACCAGGGGUGGCUGGAGUCGGUAAGGGAUGAUGUGGGGAGCUGAGGGCCCGCUGUCUUCCUCUGUCCCAGAAGCACCGAGCUUCGUGGCCAGAAGGCCUGGGCUGAAAGGGUCCCUCUCCUGGUGAUAGCCAGAGUCAGGCCUGCUGGGCGGGAAAUGGCAGUUGGCCCACCCCAAGGCCCAAGGGCUUGUCCAUGCUGAGUACAAGGGUGGGAGGUGUUGUGUCUGUUGGGGCCGGGGAGUCCAAGAUCCCAGCUUCACUGCACAGGCCUGGGAGUCAGGUGGGUGCUGGCCUGCCCGUGCUGGAGGAGGGUCUGUUUCGCCAGCGUGGUGUGGAGGAGGCUGGGCUGGACUCCCUCAGGGCGGGCAGGAACUGAGGAGGUGCUAGGAGGCCGUGGGGGGGGGGUGUCUGCCCCCAGAGAGGCUUUGAGUGCAUGGGGGCUCUGCCGUGGCAGGUGCAGAGUCUUUCCUCCAGGGCUCCGUGGUGUGGACAGAAUCUGGGGUGGGCAUCUGGAGGCCUGGUCUCAAGGCAGGCUUGAUAAUGACCCAAUGUGACCUUGGGCAGGGCCCGCCAUCCAGGCCACCCAGAAAGCCAUGUGGCCUGCACGAUCAGGCCAGACCCCACUGACUGGAGCGGGGCACUUUACUUUGGAGGGGCAGCUACCAGAGGGCUCUAUGGAUCCCAGCCCAGCCAUCAGGCCUGACGGGUUCCCCCCCAUUGGCCUGCAGUGACCCUUAUGCCAGGCUCAGCUGGCUCAGCGGUGGGUCCUGGGGGGACCUGGCAACGUGGGACAGAAGGGCCAGUGCCGCCCCCUCCAGUGAGGUGCCAAAUGUGGGCUACACUCUAGGCCCCAGCGGGGGCCUUCCGGGCGGUGGCACAGAGCCAUUGGAGGUGCCCGGGUCCUGGCGCAGGGGCGGGGCGGGAGCAGACAGGGCUCGGGGCGUCCUCCCAGCGUCACCUGCCUGAGUCAGUCCCAUCUGUGAAAUGGGCCACGCCAGGCAGCCGCACGCAACGGAACCGCCGGGCUCCUGCCCCGAGACCCGCAGUUCACGAGUCGACGCCCCCGACCCCCGAGCCGCGCCCACUCGUCCCACCUCUGCAGCAAGUGGAGUCGGCCCCGCCCUGGGGCUUCGAGUCGCGGACGCCUGGCGCGGCUCCCGGGCUCCGCUGACCCCGGUGGACCCGCGCGCCGGCAAUUACGGUAGCGUCCAGUAGGGCGCCUACUGCGGGCAAUACGGGGGCUCCUCCCAUGGCGCGGUCACGUCCCCCACGUCCCGCGGCCGGCGGGGCGGGGCCGGGCGGAGCAUCCUUCCCUCCUCCCCCCGGUGGGCCCCGCCCAGCCCCGACCACCUGCGCCGACCCCCGCCCGCAGAGCCGGGACGCCGGAACCUGCAGGCGCCAUCCAGGCCUCCCUCCGGCCUGGGCGGGGGUUGCGCCGAGGAGGGGCCUCUCCUGGCGAGGGUGGAGUUUUGGGUUCCCCCCCUCCGCCCCCCACCUCCCCCCUUCCUGCCUCCUCCAGGUCUCCACCUUUCCCCCGGGUCCCCAUGACGCCCGUUGGGCGGCGGUGGCGCAGGGGGCGCCUCCUGACCCGAGUCCCCUUUCAGCCUUGGCCUUCGGGCACUGGCUUUAGGGUGGAGGGGCGGCCUUGCGGGGUCCAGGAGGCCUCGGAGGUGCGGGACGGCGGCUCUGGUCCAGCUCCAGCCCCCACCACCUCCCGGCCCCAGGGCGGUGAUAGCCUUGCGGAGAAGGGAUCUUCAAAGCUCUGAGACGCCGCAGUGCCAGCUCAGGGCUGAAGCCUGCGGCGGCACAUGCAGCCUUCCUUUCCCAAGGGGACUUGCGCCCAGCCCCUCUUGGGGCACCAGUGGGGGCUUCUGGCCCUGGCCCUGGGUGGAAGUGGCCAAUCCGCAAAUAAGGCCUGUGUCUGCCCCGCCGGCCCCUGCCGUCAUGAUGUAAGCGGACACAGAGCGGCAGGGCACGGUCGUGCGCGGCGGUCCUGCGGGGGUCAGAGGUGGGGUGCAGGGCCCAGGCUUGGGGCAGCCCCUUGCGCAGCGUCCACCCCCUGCAAGCUCGGCCCCGACACCUUUGCAGGCGCCUGGGGCGGGGCUGCCGGGAGUUGCUCGCUGCGCCUUCCUUGUUUGCACAACAGGGACUGCGGGGGAAGAAGGGAACUCAGGGAGGCCCCUCCCCCAGUGCAGCGCCCUCCCGCUCUCGGCACCCCUUGGCAGUCAGGCGCUAGCCACAGAGGGGCCGCUUUCUUGGUCCUCAGGCAGCUCCCUGGGAUCUAGGAAGGAAAGGAAUUAUCCUUUUCCUGCCCCGCCUCCUUCUUGGGCCACAAAGGCAGGGCCAAGGCCCAUCCUUCAAGGGCCGGAGUCAGUUGGGUAACAGGCCACGGGCCUGGGGCUCAGGUCACUGCACGGACCCAGGGAACGGGCUGACAGUCCAGCGGAGGCCUCAGCGAGGCGGCGGCGCUGCGCACAAACCUGAGGACCUAGGCGGGUGAGGGGUCUGCAGGUACAGACGCCCGAGGGGAAGCAUACGAGGGUGUCCAGUGCCCCCCAAGGAGGUGCGCGAGGUUUCUGGAGAGGUCCCAGAGGAGCAGGCUUGGGCAUCAGGGGUCAGGUUGGGGACCCUCUGUGCAUGAGUCCAGGUUGACUCUGCAGGACGGCAUUUUGAGCCACCUGGCAUGGCGUUCCAAGCCUGUGACGCGGCAGUGCAGGGGUCCGAACUGGCAGGCAUCCAGGUUCUGAGGACUUCAUGGUCGAGUCCUGGCCUAAAUAAAGCCAGGGGUCCUUGCAGACCCCUGCGCCCUGCACCCUUGAGGGAACUGCUGGCAGGAGCCCCUGGCUUGGGAGGGCACAUGGCUGUGGGAUGCAGGGUCUUCUGCAAGGGACUUCCCCACCCACCCGUGCCCCAGGCCUCCCGCUCAGCUUCCAGCAGCCUGGGGUCGUAGAGCCUUUGGGGGACCUGCUCUCUGGGCAGCCCCCACCUGGGAGAUCAGCUUUCUCAUUCCAGAGGCCGGGUUAUUUCUGGGCGGGUUGGCAUGCUUCCUGGGGGGCGGCGGGGGGGGGGUUGGUAAAUGUCAGGGGAAGGCCAGUCUGUGGCGUGUGCCCACGGAGAAGCCAAUGCUUGGUGGCUGUGGCGUGUGCUUCAGGCAGGACAGCCCCAGGGUUGUCCCUGGAACACCAGGCAGCCUGUACCGAGUGUGGGCUGUUAUUUUGUGCCCCUUCUCCGUACUCCACCUCCUGUGGAAUCCCCUGCCCCAAGCUAUGUGGGCAGACAGCUGGCUCCAAGUCAGCCCCUGGACACCAGGCUGGAGUGGGAACUCCUGGAGCCAUUUCAGCAUGGCUGGCACCCCAGGCUGGGUGAGGACAGACGAUGGUGCCAGGCUGUGGUCUGGGGGCUUGUCCAAAUGCCUCAUCUUGACACAGAAGAUGGCUCUCCCCACACAGCCACAGCUGGCUCCUGGGUCCCCUCAUCAAGCAGCAUUUCCCAGUAACAAUGACUUCGUGGAACACUUAGGAAGCCCUUAAAAACCAUCCUCGGAUCUCGUCAUCAUCCAGACAGCCACAGCUGGCUCCUGGGUCCCCUCAUCAAGCAGCAUUUCCCAGUAACAAUGACUUCGUGGAACACUUAGGAAGCCCUUAAAAACCAUCCUCGGAUCUCUGAGGUGAGGCGGAACCAACCCUCCUGGCCAUGGGAGGGGCCGUGGUGGACGAGGGCCCCACAGGCGUCAAGGCCCCCGAUGGCGGCUGGGGCUGGGCCGUGCUCUUCGGCUGCUUCAUCAUCACCGGCUUCUCCUAUGCCUUCCCCAAGGCCGUCAGUGUCUUCUUCAAGGAGCUCAUGCAGGAGUUUGGGAUCGGCUACAGCGACACAGCCUGGAUCUCCUCCAUCCUGCUGGCCAUGCUCUACGGGACAGGUCCGCUCUGCAGUGUGUGCGUGAACCGCUUUGGCUGCCGGCCCGUCAUGCUUGUGGGGGGCCUCUUUGCGUCGCUGGGCAUGGUGGCUGCGUCCUUUUGCCGGAGCAUCAUCCAGGUCUACCUCACCACUGGGGUCAUCACUGGGUUGGGUUUGGCGCUCAACUUCCAGCCCUCGCUCAUCAUGCUGAACCGCUACUUCAGCAAGCGGCGCCCCAUGGCCAACGGGCUGGCGGCAGCAGGUAGCCCCGUCUUCCUGUGUGCCCUGAGCCCGCUGGGGCAGCUGCUGCAGGACCUCUACGGCUGGCGGGGCGGCUUCCUCAUUCUGGGCGGCCUGCUGCUCAACUGCUGCGUGUGUGCCGCACUCAUGAGGCCCCUGGUGGCCGUGGCCCAGCCGGGCUCGGGGCUGCCGCGAUCCUCCCGGCGCCUGCUAGACCUGAGUGUCUUCCGGGACCGCGGCUUCGUGCUGUACGCCGUGGCCGCCUCGGUGAUGGUGCUGGGGCUCUUCGUCCCGCCCGUGUUCGUGGUGAGCUACGCCAAGGACCUGGGCGUGCCCGACACCAAGGCCGCCUUCCUGCUCACCGUCCUGGGCUUCAUUGACAUCUUUGCGCGGCCGGCCGCGGGCUUCGUGGCGGGGCUUGGGAAGGUGCGGCCCUACUCCGUCUACCUCUUUAGCUUCUCCAUGUUCUUCAACGGCCUCGCGGACCUGGCGGGCUCUACAGCGGGCGACUACGGCGGCCUCGUGGUCUUCUGCAUCUUCUUCGGCAUCUCCUACGGCAUGGUGGGGGCCCUGCAGUUCGAGGUGCUUAUGGCUAUUGUGGGCACCCACAAGUUCUCCAGUGCCAUCGGUCUGGUGCUGCUGAUGGAGGCGGUGGCCGUGCUCAUCGGGCCCCCGUCGGGAGGCAAGCUCCUGGAUGCGACCCACGUCUACAAGUACGUGUUCAUCCUGGCGGGGGCCGAGGUGCUCACCUCCUCCCUGAUUUUGCUGCUGGGCAACUUCUUCUGCAUUAGGAAGAAGCCCAAAGAGCCACAGCCCGAGGUGGCGGCCUCGGAGGAGGAGAAGCUCCACAAGCCUCCUGCAGACUCGGGGGUGGACUUGCGGGAGGUGGAGCAUUUCCUGAAGGCUGAGCCUGAGAAAAAUGGGGAGUUGGUUCACACCCCGGAAACGAGUGUCUGAGUGGCUGGGCGGGGCCAGCAGGCACAGGGAGGAGUUACGGAAGCCGGCAACGCUUGCUAUUUAUUUUACAAACUGGAGUGGCUCAGGCAUGGCCACGGCUGGGCUCCAGCUGCUGGCCCAGCGGAUCAUCGCCCGAUCAGUGUUUUGGGGGGGAAGGUGGUGGGGUGGGAACCGUGUCAUUCCAGAGUGGAUCUGCGGUGAAGCCAAACCGCAAGGUUACAAGGCAUCCUCACCAGGGGCCCCGCCUGCUGCUCCCAAGCGGCCACUGCUAUGCUCAAGGACCUGGAAACCCAUGCCAUGAGAUGUGACUUUAAUGGGAGGGUGGGUGGGCCUGGGACAGGCUGGCAGGGCAGGUGCUGCGUGGGGCCCUCUCCAGCCCGUCCUACCCUGGGCUCACAUGGGGCCUGUGCCCACCCCUCUGAGUGUCUUGGGGACAGCUCCUUCCACCCCUGGAAGAUGGAAAUAAACCUGUGUGUGGCUGGAGCAUCAGGA